CGGGUUUAUUGCUUUCCGAUUUUUCCACUGGGCCGCGGUGGUUCUGCGUUUCGAUUCGUGGUGCCGGAAGCCCAGCUGUCUUCCCGCACCCUCCAUCCCCGCCGCGAUGGCCGGGCUGGGCGCUGCUGCCUGAGGGAGGAGAGCAGCGGGGACAGACAUGUACCUUCUGGACAGCAGCGAGCCGCCGGCCGCCGCCUCCUCUCCGGAGAGGAUGCAGCGGGGAACCCCCCAGAGGAAAACUGUCUACCGCAUCUCGGUCACCAUGGUGAAGAAGGAGCUGCUGGGGCCGGAGAGCGGCCAUCCCGGCCCGGGGCUGCCCCGCCGCGGAGGGAGCCGGCCGCCGGGCUCCUCCAGCCUCACCAGGGCCGGGCUGCUGCUGGUGGAAGAGGAGGAGGGUGAGGAGGAGGAGGGCGAGGAGCAGCGGGACCGAGUCCCCAGCCCCUGCGGCUUCCGCAACUUCAGGACCCUCAGCACCGGGCAGCUGGAGCUGGGCCGCCUCCGGGUGCCGCGGGGAGCGGGGCGGCCCUGCCCGGCCCGGCCGGCCCUCGGCGGGCCGCGGGGCAGCCCUUCCCCGCCGGGCAGCGCCGCGGAGCCGGCGCCCACCUGUGGCGGGGCUGAGGCCGCGGCCUGCCCUGAGGAGGAGGAGGCCGGCAGCCCGGCGGGCAGCGGCCCCGCCGCAGGGCGCCCUGGCGAGGCCGGGGAGCGGGGGCUGAGCCCCUGGCGGCAGCCGGGCCUGCUGCGGCGGAGCUUCAGCUUCAGGCACUGGAGCGGCGGCGGGGAGCCGCGGGCGCCGGGCCGGGUGCGGCGGCACAGCAGCUCGGGUUGCCUGCCCGGGCUGCCGCCGGGCCCGGGGGCCGAAGCCUCGCCCCCCGCCGCCGCCGCCGCCGCUCUGCCCGCGGCGACCCCCGAGAAGCGGAACACGCUGGACGUGGGCGAGGUGCUGAGCCAGGACCCGCUGUCCCAGCUGGAGCGCUGGGAGCGGAACAAGAGCAAGAACCGGACCCUGGAUAACAGCGAUCUGCAGCGGCUCUCCGAGCGGCUGGGGCGGGAGGGCCCCGCCGCCGGCCCCGAGCACCGGCUCCUGCGCUUCUUCAGCGGCAUCUUUGCCCGCAAGGACGGCACUGGCACCCUCUUCGGCAGCCCCCACGGCCGCUACCCCCGCAGCAGCUUCUCCAGGUCCAGGGCUUAUUUUAGCAGCCUCCGGAGAGCCACCGUGGACAUGCAGUCCAGCUCCGAGAGCAUCAACGGGUCCCCGCACAAAGAUGCCUUUGUAAAUAGCCAGGAAUGGACACUAAGCCGAUCUGUGCCCGAACUGAAAGUGGGGAUUGUGGGUAACCUAGCAAGUGGCAAAUCAGCUCUUGUGCACCGCUAUCUGACCGGCACGUAUGUCCAGGAGGAGUCACCUGAAGAUAUGGAUGCAGGUGGGAGAUUCAAGAAAGAGAUAGUAGUUGAUGGACAGAGCUAUCUGCUGCUGAUAAGAGAUGAAGGGGGCCCUCCAGAGGCACAGUUUGCCAUGUGGGUGGAUGCUGUUAUAUUUGUCUUCAGUUUGGAAGAUGAGAUCAGCUUCCAGACUGUUUACCACUACUACAGCCGUAUGGCCAACUAUCGCAACACUAGUGAAAUCCCCAUGGUGCUGGUGGGAACCCAGGAUGCGAUCAGUUCCAGCAACCCGCGGGUCAUAGACGAUGCCCGGGCCAGGAAGUUAUCGAAUGAUCUCAAGAGAUGCACUUACUAUGAAACCUGUGCCACCUACGGACUCAAUGUGGAGAGAGUCUUCCAAGAUGUUGCUCAGAAGAUCGUUGCAACAAGGAAGAAGCAGCAGCUCUCAAUUGGACCCUGCAAAUCCCUGCCAAACUCUCCAAGCCACUCAUCCGUGUGCUCUGCCCAGGUUUCUGCUGUACAUAUCAGCCAGACCAGUAAUGGAGGAGGGAGUUUAAGUGAUUAUUCCUCCUCUGUCCCAUCAACUCCAAGCACCAGCCAGAAGGAGCUCCGGAUUGAUGUUCCUCCCACUGCCAACACACCAACUCCUGUCCGUAAACAGUCCAAGCGCCGAUCCAACCUCUUCACGUCUCGGAAAGGGAGUGACCCAGACAAAGAGAAGAAGGUCCUGGAGAGCAGAACAGAUAGCAUUGGAAGCGGCCGUGCAAUCCCAAUUAAACAGGGUAUGCUGCUAAAGCGAAGUGGCAAGUCACUGAAUAAAGAGUGGAAGAAGAAAUACGUGACAUUGUGUGACAACGGUGUGCUGACUUACCAUCCUAGCUUACACGACUAUAUGCAGAAUGUCCACGGGAAAGAAAUUGACUUGCUGAGAACCACUGUGAAAGUCCCUGGGAAGAGGCCACCCCGAGCAACAUCAGCUUGUGCACCCAUCUCCAGCCCCAAAACCAACGGCCUCUCCAAGGACAUGAGCAGUUUACACAUCUCGCCCAAUUCAGGGAACGUGACUACUAGCACAUCUGUGUCUCAGAUGGCCAGUGGGAUCAGUCUAGUCUCCUUCAACAGCCGCCCGGAUGGUUUGCAUCAGCGCUCUUACUCGGUCUCCAGUGCAGAUCAGUGGAGUGAGGCCACAGUCAUUGCCAACUCUGGCAUUAGCAGUGAUACCGGAUUAGGAGAUUCUGUGUGCUCAAGUCCCAGUAUAUCCAGUACAACAAGCCCCAAGCUCGAUCCACCUCCUUCACCUCACGCCAACAGAAAGAAGCACCGUAGGAAGAAAAGCACCAGCAACUUCAAAGCUGAUGGGAUCUCGGGCACAGCUGAAGCCAAACGCAAAGCUUGGAAACUAAACCGUGUUGGUAGCCUGCGAAAUAUAUACAGCAGCAGCAGCACCAACACUGAAGAACAAGAAGAAAACUUUGAGUUUAUCAUUGUCUCUCUCACCGGCCAGACUUGGCACUUUGAAGCUACCACAUAUGAAGAAAGAGACGCCUGGGUACAAGCCAUAGAGAGUCAGAUCUUGGCCAGUUUACAGUCAUGUGAGAGCAGCAAGAACAAGUCCCGCCUGACCAGUCAAAACGAGGCCAUGGCCCUUCAGUCCAUCAGGAACAUCAGAGGCAACUCCCACUGCGUGGACUGUGAAGCACAGAACCCUGACUGGGCCAGCUUGAAUCUGGGAGCCCUCAUCUGUAUCGAAUGCUCAGGUAUCCACCGAAACCUUGGCACCCACCUCUCGCGGGUGCGCUCGCUCGACCUGGACGACUGGCCCAUAGAGCUCAUCAAGGUGAUGUCUUCCAUCGGGAACGAGCUCGCCAACAGUGUCUGGGAGGAGAGCAGCCAAGGCCACAUGAAACCUUCCUCAGAUUCCACAAGGGAAGAAAAGGAGCGCUGGAUACGUGCGAAGUAUGAGCAGAAGCUCUUCCUGGCCCCGCUGCAGUGCCUGGAGCUUUCUCUGGGCCAGCAUCUCCUGAGGGCCACAGCUGAGGAGGACUUGAGGACGGUCAUCCUGCUCCUUGCCCACGGCUCUCGGGAGGAGGUGAACGAGACCUGCGGAGACGGGGAUGGGCGUACUGCCCUCCACUUGGCCUGCAGGAAGGGAAACGUGGUGUUGGUGCAGCUCUUGAUUUGGUACGGCGUGGACGUGAUGGCACGCGAUGCCCACGGGAACACGGCGCUGGCCUACGCCCGGCAGGCCUCCAGCCAGGAGUGCAUCGAGGUCCUCCUGCAGUAUGGCUGCCCCGACGAGCGCUUCGUCCUCAUGGCCACUCCCAACUUGUCCAGGAAGAACAACAACCGGAACAACAGCGGCGGAAGGAUGCCCACCAUCAUCUGAGGAGCUCGCUCGUGUGUUCACUGACCCGAGUUACAUCCGCAGCCUCAUCCUCCUCCAUCCCCAUCACAGCUCUGCUCUGUGAGUCUGGUAACUCUCCUUUUCCCUUUUCCCUUCGGUACAUCCCUGUCCCAUCCGGAAACGGCGCGUCUGGAGAGAACCAGGGGAUGAGGAGGAGCCUGAGGGGCUGCAGAGAAGCAGUUGUUUGAGCGGCAGCUCUCGAAGGACGGCAACGAGCAGGCAGGUUGAGCAGGACACGCCACGCGUGGCACCGGGACCAUGGGAGAGCGGGGCAGCCGUGGGCUCCCCAGGCCUGGAGGAAGGGGUGGGGGGAGAGGUGAGCACCAGGAGAAGGAAGGAAGGAGGGAAGGAAGGAGCACUGGUGACUUCCCGUGACUGACAGUUAAGCACAUCAGUACAUUUCACCUCUCCCCAGUGCGACGCCCCGGAUUUCAUUCUCUUCUCGGAAGAGCUUGACGGCAUAAAUCAGAAGCAAGCACAGAGUUUGUCAGGUUUGAAGCUCCUAUGAUGGUAUGUGUCAAAUCAGUUGUAGCUAAUCUGUCCGGGGAGAAUACUGGCUUCAUUACACUUGUAUAGUUGAGUUCUUCCAGCAUUACUGCUGUUUAAUAGAACAUGAUUAGUCAUCACGGAGAAAAAAGCAUAUUAGCUGAGGAGGUAGUUACAUGGCACGCUUCAGUGAUUGCUUGGAUGUGAUUGCAAUAUUCUUAGAAGCAUCAUAUUAUCUCAGACAUGUUCUUUCAAGCCCUCGGAGCCCUCCUUUCUAAAUUCACUGUCAUAAUUUAGGAUCUGUUUAAUUUUUCAGUCCAAAGAGGGGAAAUGAGUUGCUGAGUGUUAUUUGACUGCGGCCUCCUCAGCGUAAAAACAAAAAUGGGAAAAAAUAAAUAAGAGGAACCAGGAAACACAGAAAGGAAUCAUGAAUUCUGCUAAGGAGCAACAUUUCGAGGUCGUUUAAGCGCAAUUAACGAACGAGUUAAAGGCUACUAUUUUUUUUUCAGCCGGCAGAAAUAGGGUCUGUCAUUUUGCCAAGGUAAAUGUGUUGAGUUUUUUGGUCACUCAUGUGAUGCAUUGCCUAACUUAUACAGAUUUUUGUAUUGUGUCUCUAGAUGAUAUGGAUGUAAAAUCUAUUUGAAUAAUAAAAAAGAAAAGGUAAAUAUGCAUUGAUUUUUAAUUUUUUUUGUUGGUUUUGUACAGAAAACGACAUCUCUGUUAAUUUAUAAACUGUCAUGGAUGUGCAUUAACUAAAUAAUGUGCAACUAGUUAGGAUCUGUGGGCUACAGAUCAUUGUACAUUGACAAUAUUCCCAGCAGUGAACUCUUGUUUCCAUCUCAAGCCUUUGAGGAACGUAUCAGAAGGAGAUCGGGGCACGUUUGGCAUGAGAAGAAAAAAAAAAAAAAGAGGCUGUUUCUCAGCACUGUAAAUAUAUUUUACUCCAGAAGUCAGGAAGCUUUCACAAGCCAAGACAAAACGCCCCAGCCUGGCUGUGGGCAGAUCAGAUCUGAUUAGGUUCAGAAUUGAUAGCCUUCACCGUGCGGGCAGGGCACGGCUGCGCUUCCCUCCCAGCCUGGCAAGAAAAAUGGCUUGUGAAAGGAGCCUGGACAGUUCAUUUCAAUUCCAAGUUUUAAUAUUUGAUUGGAUUCUUUGGGUAGCAGAUCCCAGCUUCUCACUGAAGGGUUCUGGCUUGUCCUGGUUUUGGCAGGCGGAGAAAUGAUGUGGGUUGUUUUUUUUUAUGGCAGUGUCUAAGAUGGGGGGAGGGUUUAUCGUGGAGCAGGUUGAAAACUCAACUGGGUUCGAUGGGGAAGGAGAAGGGAGGUGAGAGCAGGGAGCUGCACACAGCACAGGGCUUCCCAAAUCCACCUGCUCAUCUCAACUUCCCAAGUGGUGCUUUUCCUUAGGGCUCUGGGUUUCAUUGGGCCCACCAGCGGGAGGCUGUAGCAAUUGCUAAAGAAACUCUUAUGUGAACUGAAUGCAAAGGCAAAAACAUCAACUGGUUAUCUUCAGGAAGGAAAUAAUUCUAAAAAAUAAUCAGAUUUUUUGUCAAAUCAUCAAAUUGUGGAAGAAAAUUUAGCCUCAGGGUGGAAGCAGGAGGAUAUUGACCAGCUCUUCCCACUUGGUGGUGUUCUUAUUUGGUACUUUGGUUCUGUGUAGACCUCUUGGUUGUUUGGAGGGUGAAUCCUUCAACCAGCCUGGGCUGGCUGCAGCAGAGUGAGGCUGCAGCUGAUUCUCCAGACUGGGAUCAGUUUCAUUUCAUUUUUUCCUUAACUGAGGAAGGGUGUCUGUUGGAACUGCUGUUUCUCCAUCCUCCCCACCCAGCUCCCUGAGCUUUGGUAGACGGGUGGUCCUUCAGCAAUAGGACAGCCCACCUAAGGUGCAGCUGUGGGGGAUGCUGAGGAGCCCACUGUGUCCUGGUGCUCAUGAGCUUCACAGAGAGACACAGCAAGGAUUCAGGGAUGGUCCCAGAGGUGCUCCAGCUGCUUGCUGUUCCCCUGGGAGCACCAAGGGCUUUUGUACCCAAGUCAAAUGUUUCAUUGUGGGCAGAUCUGCUGCCAUUAUGUUCUCAGUGCACGUUUCCUUGCCAAGCUCUUGGGUUUUUUUUCCUAAUUGAAAAUAUUUUCUGUACAUGAUGUAAUGCUCUCCUUGGGCCUCCUUCCUCUUAGGAAGCUGAGGGUGAUGUUUGAGAAACAGGGACAACCAGGUUGUCAUGCAGAUUGCAGGUAGAAGAGUUACACACUCCUUGCAUAAAAAUUUUCUGAAGGCAAAUGUCAAAAAAAAACAAACACAAAAAAAAACCAACCAGAUAAUAUUUUUAGGAGAGGAAAUUCCAUUGUAUUAUAGAGAAAAAUAAGAUUAUUCAGGCUAGCCAACUAAUAACCUCAUACUCCAGUGGAGCAGUAGCCCAGUUUCUCUUAACCUAACCAUGGUUCUCCCUUGGACACACAAGCGUUUGCAGUAGUUGUUUUGAAGUGGUGUAGAAUAUGUGGUGGCUUCCUUAAAUGAUACUGAAUUGAGGAUGGAUCUCCACAGACCUUGGGGUCUGUGGGUUGUGAUCCCUUGGAAAGACAAGAGAUCUCCCAGCACUGUCUCUCCAAGUCAAGGAGAGACCUUCUGUGGUGAUGCUCUAGCCACAGAAGAACAGACCCCGAGGGUCUGUGCCUCAUGGGGUGCUUGCUACAGUGUCCUCUCCUCAAAGGGUUUGGUUUUGGAUGGUGAGAAGUUGUGUGGCAUGCCCUGAGCUGGUGGGAAAGGUCAUCUGGCAAGGAAGUCAGACCAUCCCCUUCUUGCAUGGUGAAGGACCUUCCCACCACAGCUGGGAGCAAGGAUGAAGUUCUCCAUGGCUGGAGCCCGGCGGAGCUUGGCUUUGGGAGUCAGGGUCUCUGUGUGCUUUUCAGAGGAUCUCUUUGCACUUUGCAGAGGAUGUUCUUGAAGCUGUCCAGGCGUGGAAACCAACAGGUGGAGAAUCUGCAGGGAUGGUUUCCCUUUCUUUCCCUCUGUUAGCCUGUUCCUCGUCUCACAUUGAGCUCCUCUCCUUGUUAUGGAACCCACUUGCCAGGCUCUUUACGCCCUUUGAGCACAUUAUGAGCAACUUAGAAACAACCUGAGAUCCAGUCAGGAGGAAAUAGCAGCAGAAACAUGUUGGCAAAAACUAUUUUCUCCAAAAAUUGAGUCUAUGGCUGGUGAUUUUCAUUGUGUUCCCUCUUUAACCCUUUCCAUCAUCCCAGAUCCCUUUAUCCUUGAUCUUCUUGGAGCUGAGAAGGGUUAACUAUUCAUAACUAUUCUCCCCAGUUGGGAAUCUAGAAGAUCUAACUUGGGAAGAUCCAGGGUCUUGCCAGUGAAGAGGUUUGUCCACGAGCUCCUGUUACCAGAUUCCCAAUUUCAUGGCUAAAAGGGUAGAGCAGAAUCUUUCUGGAGAUCCUUGUAGGUUCUGGAUUCUAAGCUGCUGCACAGCAAGCCAACUGAGCUCCAGGGAGGUGGAGAGGAUUUUGAAGCAUUUGGACAUCAUGUAAACACUCAUAAUGUUUGAUUUGCCAUCUUUUCCCCAUUCCCUUAAAUGAUGGGAGUUAGUGCAGGAGAAGUUUCAACUGCACUUGGAGAUUUCUUUCCCCUGACCAGAGGAGGCCAAGUGACGUUGGGGAAGAAGUAGAGGUGGGAAUGUAGAUAUGAUCCCUGGCACUGUAAUGUAGAAUAAUUAGAUUCUAUGGGGUUUGGGUGGCUUCAUCUUUUAUAUUUCUAUGGAGAUGGGGAAAAAUGAAGUGAUUUGUAGUUUCUAGAGUAAAGUAGUAGUAGUGGAGACAAGCACAGAUUUCACAAGGGGGUCCAGAAGGGUCCCCCCAAAAAGUCUCGGGGAGCUGCGUUUGCACCUUAACAGGGAACAAAUGGUCAUGGUGGCUGGAAGGACUCCAGUAGAGAAGGACAGCAUUGGGGACCAACCUUGGGGCAGCUUGCCUGGGUAGGAGACAGCUUGCCCACCACAUCUCAUGGUCAUGUACCUUGGUUUCCCCUCCAGUGGCUGCUGCAGCUAUGGGUGCAGGGGAUCACCAAGCUCUUGGCCUUGGAUCCUUGGUUCAGCAUCUUCCAUUUGUGGUGAUUUGUGGGGAAGGGUUGUUGUGUAGAAAACUGGGUUGGGUGGUUCUUGUGUUUGCUGCUUAGCAGCAGGGUAAAAAAAUGGUCCAAGUGAAAGUUCUUUUGACUCCUUAAAUUCUAAGCUACGAAAGGAAGGUGGGUUUGAAUGGCUUGGAAAAGUAGAGAAGUGAUAGAGCAAAAAUAUCCAAAGCUGUAGGUAGAUAGAUUGGUUGUAUUAUGAUAUUCUAGGGUUUGGUUUGUUGUUCAGUGUGGGCCAGUUUUUCAAACAAAUAAUGGGUGGGCCCAUCUCCUGGCAGUUCGCCUUGAGUUGACUGAGUCUGUCUCACCUUUUCAAGGGAGUUUUGAGGGGGUUUGGCCAAGAUUUUCCAAGAGUCCAUGUUUGGAGAGGAGAAUUGCAUGAUUUCUGAAAAUAAAAGGUUACUUUGGAUUUUUUCUUGCAGCCAUCUGAAGCUGCUCAUCACUGGCAUGGUCAUGGUGGCCUCUGUGUUCCAUUUCAGGCCUUGUGGGAAUUGACUCCCAUCCUUGACUGUCCUCCCCUGAAGAUCAGGGGGUACUUCGGCUUGUGGGCAGAUGAGAUCAAAAUGUCUUUGUGCAUUUCAGCAGUUUUAGGCUCUUCAUCUCCACGUGUCCACCUAACUCCCAGGUCCCCCUGGCAUCCUCCAGCAGUGGGUUCUGUCGGCAUGCAGAGCUUCAGCUUUCUCUUGGCCAUGAGCUUCCUGGAUGUGUAUUUAGCUUCCAGAUGGACUAUUUUGCAGAGCUUCAGAGCUAGUCCUUUUUGCCUGUGUGUGAUGUACAAGCAGGGAGGGGGUGGGAGGGGAUGGGGAUGCUUCCAGAGGUCUUAAGGCAUGUGUUUGGAGUGACCACCUUGCUUGCUGGCAGUGAAUGCUCCUUUUGUGUAUGUUUCCCAGAGCCAGUCACUGGUUUUUUUUAUGGUUUCUGUGAACUGAAGCAGCUAGAAACACUUCCCUGGUCCUCUUGAGGUGCAGGGAGGAAAGCUCCUCCUGCCAGACAACAGGUCUGGUCUGUGCUGGAGGCCAGGCAGGGCUGAAGAAGAGUUUUGGUGCUGAAAGUGGGUGGUUGUUUGGCACCUGUUUCCCAGAGCUGGGGAUUGAGUUGCCCAGCUUGAGGAAGACCAGCCCGUUUCCAGGAGUGCAGGAGGCUCUUGGGAGCCAUCAGGGGCUCAGGACUCACACAGGUACCUGUCUCCAGGGAUUUAGAACAGUCCAGCUCCAUCCAGCAGCAACACUCAACUGUCUACCCUUCUGUAGCUGGUUCAGCCACACUUUGGGUCCUGCUGCUGUUCAUGGGGCCAUGCUGGUGGUGAGAUGGCUCUGAAGAGCCAUCUCCAUGUGGGUCCUUCCCCAGGAGCAGCUCCUCAUCCCUCCCUUCCUGUGUCCUUGGUCAUUCCUCUCUGUGCCAUGAGGGAGCCACGACCCUCAGCUGCAGCGUGGUGAGGCUUUGCUCUACCAAGUUGUGGUCCAGGAAAGUUUGACCAAGUGCUCUGCACACCGUUUCUACCCUCACUUUUGAUUUGUAGUCCCACCAGGAGAAAGGAGCAGGGACAGGCAGGGAGACAGGGGUGAUUUGCCAGGGCAUCAAGCCAGCACCUCCAUUCUGGGGAGCACUAUUGGUGCUGGGGAAGCAGAUGCACACACUGUGUUUGUUUCCUUUCCUCCUUCCUUACCCCCCGUGGCCACUUGCAAAGGCUGGAAUGUCCCUUCAGCCCCCAAGGCUUCCCAGUUGUCCUGCUUUGUGCUGCUGCUCUGUCUGGGUGAGAUGGGGAGAAAGGGAGCCCGGGUGGGUAGGGACACCCAGGGCUGGGUACCCAGCAGGUGACAGGAUUCACAGCAAGUUUUGGGGUUGGUUUGGUUGUGUUGGGUUGUUUUUUUUUUCUGUUCUUGUAAAUAAAAAUGUCUAAAUGAUGACAAGGCAGUGUGGACAGGAAAACAAAACCCACAAACCUCCAUCUUUUGUUGUUGUUUUUAUAUUACCUCAUUCAGCAAGUUUGUUUUGCAAUGACUGAUGCUUUAUUUAUAUUUGUACUGUAAUUAAACCCGUGGACAAACAUUUCAGUUUGCUUGUUGUUUCUCUCUGAUUUGGGGGUUGAUUUAAAUAUGUUCCCCUGCCCUCCCUCUCUUUUUCUCCACCUUGAGAUUUUUGUGUUGGGCUGUACAGUAUUCUGAAUAAUGAAAAAUAAACUUCAAAAAAAGGAACAAGAACGACAUUGUAAAGGACUGCAGGGAGAGGCUGCUCUAUUGUAAAGGUCUCUUUCUAAUAAAGACAAGAAAACUUG